GUGCGAAGCCGUGGCGAAGCCUACCUGGCGGCGUCCGACACGCAGUAACCCGCGCGCUCCUUCGCGUUCUCCCGCGGGAAAGAGCGUCGUAAACGAGUGAUCCUUUCUUCCGGUGACACGGCCAGCUCAUUUCUCGAGAACCGAGACCUUGAUCCGAGCCCGGAAUCGAAAGUGCGACGAGGAAAUACGUUGUUCGAGCCGCGAUUCGAGCGAUCUGUGCAUGUGUGUUUACGCGAGAAAGAUAAAGAGUGAAUACGCGAGGUGACCGCUGCGAUUUGUUAUCGGAAUUUCAUAAAUACAACGGAUGCUUCCGUCGGACUUUCGGUAGCCAAUAAGGGAUUUCAAACGGAGAAGAUGCGUCGGUGGUUCGCCGGAGGAGACUAAAAGGGAGACCUGCACGGCUUUCUCAUCAACAUCAUUCUCUAGCAAUCGAUAUGCCGACCGACAUCGUAGUUACGUCGGCCUCGGCCACGGUCUCAGAGGAGACGAGCAGAGGUCGGGACUUGGGUCUCGGACCGUCUUCAAGGUCAGCUCCCUCUUCGACGUCCUCGUCGUCCUCUAGUUCGGGCACGGCAUCGACUUCGAGAGGAUUUGAUCCAGCUGGCACACUUGCUGCUUAUCACCAUCAUCGUCACAGCUUGGUGAGCAGUCUGGGCCAUGCGCACCGAGAAUCAUCGGCUUUCGUACCUGUGGUGCCUUCAAGAUUACACCUCACACCGUAUCCAGGUGAAAUGCAUCCCCAUCUAUCCGGUCCUCCGCCUGCGUCCUCGUCAUCGACGAAUUCGGAGCACGAAGUUGGUUCCGAAUCGUCGGUGGCCAGAAAAAGCUCCUCGAGUUAUGAGAUUAUGGCCAUGAUGGCCGAUAAAAGGAAGGAAUUGGCAGCUAGAGCUCUUCUGUUACCACCACCCCCUCUUCUAGAACCCCCUCCUGGUUAUCCAGUCUUUGCCGGUCCUUUUCCUGGCAGUUCCGCUCUGUAUCCCCCGGGUGGUCCAUUAGCUCAUCAGCAUCUCGAUCGGAGGCUACUCAGAGCACCCGGUAGAGCGUCUAGGCCGAAGAAGCAAUUUAUUUGUAAAUUCUGUAAUCGACAGUUCACAAAAUCGUACAAUCUUCUCAUUCACGAGAGAACUCAUACCGACGAGAGACCGUACUCCUGCGAUAUUUGCGGCAAAGCAUUUAGGAGGCAGGAUCAUCUUAGAGAUCACAGGUAUAUUCACAGUAAGGAGAAACCUUUCAAAUGCAACGAAUGCGGCAAGGGCUUCUGCCAGAGUCGUACCCUAGCGGUUCACAAAAUUCUGCACAUGGAGGAAUCUCCGCACAAGUGUCCCGUCUGCGCGCGCAGCUUCAACCAGCGCAGCAACCUUAAGACACAUCUUCUAACACACACGGAUCACAAGCCUUACGAAUGUACGUCGUGCGGUAAGGUGUUUCGCAGGAAUUGCGACCUUCGGAGACACGCAUUAACGCACGCCGUCGGCGACGUACCACCUGAGGCGCUGGAGGAAGCGUUGAGGGAUGAUGACAGUCCUGAGGAGGAUUGUCCGGAACCAGGACCUUCGUCCUCUUCAUCCUCCUCAACGACAUCGUCCGCGCCAUCCGCAGCGUCUUCCAGCUCGUCCGGGUAUCUCUCUCAAGGACCAGCGGCACCGUCAGCAUCGGCGACACCAACGGCCGCGCCAUCUUUACCGCAGAGACCCCAACUUCAGAUAAGAAGAGAUCUACUACCGAUGACGAAGCCAUCUACGAUGACUAGCGGGGCGUCCGCCACGCAUUCUCCAGUCACCCAAAAUCCACCAGCUGCUCUCCCGCCGCCACCGCCGCUCGUUCUGACUUCUUACCGACGAAGGAUCAGCUCUCCGGGUCCCUCCAGAGUGCUGCUAGAACUCCAAGAGCGCGAGCGCGAGAGAGAACGCGCGGAGAUAGAACAGAGCAAAGAAAGGGAACGCAACAGGGAACGCGACAAGGAAGUAGUCAGACCGCCCAGGGCACCGACACCGCAGCCACCACCGCCACCGCCGAGACCGACACCGGCUCGCCAGGGCUUCACUAUCGCGGACAUAAUGGGUCGAUAGAGAAUGCGCGUUUGUCGUCGCAGGUAGUUUUUUUCUUUUUUGUUGUUGUAUCGUUCGCAGAUCGGGAUUUCAUAGACACUGUGAGAUUAUGUGCGAAGCAUAGGAGAUCUUAGGAGCAAGGAAUGAGAUCUUCCUGUGGAUAUUUUGCAUGGUUCGAUUCUUGGAAGAAAUAUAAAAAAGAUACAACAUACAGAUAAUAUUUUUGUCGAAACUGUCGGAAAGUCUGCGCGGUGUUUAUGUACUUUGCUGCCGUAUAUUUUUUUCUAUACAUAUAAAGAGAUUAUGAGGAAAACUUAAACACGCAAGAGUGGCGAGGUAACAUUUCUCAAAAGUAUCUUCGAAAUUGUUUUUCAAAGAACCUGUGUGCGCGAUUCUGAUUUAUUAAAUUCGAAAUAUUUGAUUCUUUCAUUUCAAGUAUAGUCACGUGGUAACGUAUUAUAGUAUAUUGGACAUUUUUUAUGUCCAAUAUAUAUAUACACGCAUAUAUAAACACUCUAGAGGAAUUUUAUAUAUUGUCACACAACUUUCUAACAUCGAGAAGUAAUUUUUCAGGAAUGAUUUGAUAAGCGAACGCGUAUCAAAAAAAUGUGCCUUAAUCAAGAUUGCAAUUAAUAUAAAGAUUUCGGAGAAAUCGUCUUCCAAAAAAAAAAAAAAGAAAAUGACGUAAGCGCGAAUACAAGAACCACUAUUAAAAUGGACAACGUUUCUAAACUCUAUAAGCGUGCGCGCAAGGAAAGAAAAAAAAAUGAACGAAUAAAUGGUGCCUUAGAGCGGUCCACAGAGAUUUUCUCCUUCGUCCCGGAGAGACGGUGAACCAAAACCGGAAAGGUGGCAUCCCUCUGGCUUUAAUACAAGUCCGCUCGCUCGCUUCUCGAGCUUCGCUCGAAAGUUCUUCUUGCGAUCGCCUUGCAAUAGGGAAAAGAGUAGUUCACAAGGACAAGAUUAUAUGGAACUUUCUCUCUGCGUGAAGCAUUCUUUUGUCCUGCACUCGGUUGAGUCCACGGUUGGGAUAAUGCAAAUUUUGCGGUCGGAGGUAACAACCGGUGGUGCCACCGUGGCAGGUGCAAUACGGCGCUUUAUAUGUACCUGCCUGCCUGCCUCUCCGCGUGGAUCCGCGCGCGCGAAAUACCUGCUCCCGCUACUGCUUUUUUCCCUUCUAAAAAUAUUCCGCCGACCCUAGACUGCGAAUGGCAUUAAUAUUUUUUUUCCCUAUCCUUUCCUUCUUUCUCCCUCUUCUCCUCCCCUCCCUUUGUCCCGCCCCCGCGGCGAGGAAGAAGCAUUAAUGGUCCUUUUGUCGGGACCAAAGUGUACACCGUCCGACCGCAGAAAGAGAGAGAGAGAGAGAAAAAAAAGAGGCGAUCCUUUUAGGCUACGCGCCGACACAAAGGUAUACUUUCCUUUAGGUUUGAGAUUCUUUUGAAUCUCUCGAAGAAUCCAUGUGUAAGAGCGACCGUUAAUCGAGAGAGAGAAAAAGAGAAAAUGCAUUAUAUAGCUUAUCGUUUUUGAAACGGCCAAAUUGUGAUUAAAUUAAAUUUUGACGUGCUUAAAUAUUCGAAUAAUUCGUCCGAUUAAUACGCGUUAAUACACAUUGCGGGUAAAGGUUGCAUCAGAAAUAGCUACAAAAUGAAUACAUUCUCAAAAUUCUAUUGACUCUAUGUAGACUUUUGUAACAGCAAUUAAUACAAAAAAUAUCAAUAUUUCGUUUUUCAUUAUACAUAUAAUCUUUUACGAACACUGAAAAUUUAUAUAAUGGCUGUUUAUACGAAAAUAUGAACAGCUAUUCUUAUAUCAUUUUACUUUGGACGAAAUUGUUAGAAAUAAAUUAAACUGAAAUAAAUUUUUAUAUAUUUGUUUUAUGCAAAUAAAUACGCGUUAAUAUAAAACAAAAUAUAAUUUAAUUUGUUUAAAUUUUGUUCUUUCUUAAAUUUAGUUAAAAACUUAUCUUCCAGUUAUUUUAAUCGAAAUGAAACGUUGUGAUAAGAAUCUCGUGAUUUUUAUAAAAUUUGGCAUAUUAUGCUAAGUAUUUAUAUUAUCGAGUAAAUUCAAUGGGAUAGAUCAAUCGUCUGAUAAGCAAAAAAUCCUUUGUAGAUUCGAUUUUUGGUUCGCACAGAUUGAAGGGUAAACAAAAUUCGAGAUACACAAAGAUCUACACUGUGAUAAGAACAAAAUAUAUGAGAAUAAAGAACGAAUCUCAUUAUAAAUGUAUAAACGGCGGAGAGUUACUAUGAAACAUUAUAAAAAAUAAUUAAAGUAACUUUAUGAUCUGACCGGUAUCGCGACUACUAUUAGCAUUAUUUUGCAUAGCAUGUGAAACAAGCAGCAGUGAAAUUGCAGCAUUCACUUUAGGAUGUUUAUAUUAAAAAAAAAAUGAGAUGUGAUGAGAUGAGAAAACGAACAUUGAAUAUUGUAUUAUUAUAUAUAUGCGUUUGACAUUAUGUAGGGCUAUUUAUGCAUCUGAUUGACGGUUAUGUUAACUUGCACAUUCGUAAACUUCUCUAAUCCUGUAUUUAAAAAAAAAUUAAUUUUAUAUAGAUUGUAUAAAAUUAAAUGUUUCUUUUUUUGCCGUUUUAAAACCGUAAAGCCAUAAAGACAUCCGAUUAGAAAAAGGGACAAAAAUUCGCAAACUCUCCACUAAUUAAUAACUUAUUAAAAAGAAGACUCCGUGAAAUCCCCUCUCGAUAUGUGAACGGUAAAAAGAAUUCUCCAUAUAAAAUAUAAUUUUAUUCUGGCGAAAAGAUUGUACAUCGUCGAAUCAAAAGAUUGUGUAUCAUCGAAAUUUUUUGUUAAACCAACAUUUCAAAAUAACAAUUUGAAUUAAUUAAAUAAUACAUUACAAUAUCAGAUGUAAGAAAAAAAGCUAUAAUGAUAAAAUUCUUUGAAUUUAGUUAAUUUUUUUUAUCCUCACAAUAAUAGUUGAAUAAACAUGUCUAUCAAACUAAUUGAUUUAAAUGCACAAUUGCAUUACAGGAUAUUAAAAAUUUAAAUAUACAAUAUCAAGAAGGCGUUAUUAUUUAAACACAAAAAAGAAAUAAAAAAUUUAUUAUAUUAUCUAAAAAAUAUAUUUUUUUACCUGAUAUAUGUGUAAUAUUUACAAUGUAUUCGGAUAGUAAUGCGUGAGACUAUUUGCGUCAUGUUUCAUACGUGUAAUAUUAUGUAAUUAUUAUUUUAAGUAUAUAAUACGAAAAUUGUCAAAAUGCUCGAAAUUUGGACGUUACAAUAUUAAGUAAAAUUGUGAAUUAUAAAAUAAUAAUUAAUAACUUUGUAUCAUGUUGAGUUUAUGAUAACUACGUACAAAAUCUAUACAUAUAUAUAUAUAUAUAUAAACUUAGCGAAAUUGUAUGUAUGCGCAUUUUUAAAGUUUAUUCAGAUCGUUUAGAAUGUGAAAACGUUAGCAAUUUACGUCAUAAAACAGGAAUGUAAUUUUUUGUGUAUGUGUAUGCAAGAGAGAUAGAGAGAAAAAGUGAAAUUUUGUAAGUGCGAGGAAGCGUGAUAGAGAUAGAAAGAGAAGAAGAAAAGACAGCGAAAAAGAAGACAGGGCGCAAGAGGAUGGAAGAAGAAACACUUGAGUCGCAUUUUGCAGAGACUCCAUGUAUAGCAAUAUAUACAAUGUACAAUAUAUAUAUUAUGUACAACGAAAGUCACCUGCGGCAUAAGCUGCAAAAUGUGUGCUAGCAAUCAAUCUCCUGUUAUUUUCCACUUGAUUAGUUUAUUCCUUGUGUAUAAGUGCCUAUAUAUUUUUAGAUUUAUAUACGAGAGUUAAGCGUAACUUUGUAAAUUAUAUAUUAAGAAAGAUGAAAUAAAAGAAAGAUUCUUUUGAAGAAGCAUUGCUAACAGACAUACGUACAACAUAUUCAUAUAUAAUAUUACAUUAAGAACACUGCGAUUUGCAAUACAUUCAUACAAAAGAAAACAGUAUUUGUAUUUAUUUAGUGAAAAAUGUAUUGCUUAAACAUAACAGAAUUAAUAAUAAUUUGAUUUGUGUUACAAAUAUAA